AGGUUCCACGCAGUUUUUUCAACUUAUUUUUUUGAAAUUAAUUAUAAUAUAACGAUCUUUUUCUUGAGGUGAUUGGUGGCGAGUUCACGGUUCAAGAGGUAAAAGGUGACCCACUCUACGGAGGACGUGUUCCAAAGCAAGUGUAUGAGGAAAUGAUGACGAAGGCUAACUUGGAAUACGAUGAGGACGUUAUGAAAUCGCUUUAUGGAUGGGGAUUUGGAAUGAAAAGGCAGGCUAUAUCGAGAGCCAUUAGUUCGUUGAAGGACAGGGAAGUGGCCCUCGAAAACAUAAUUGAAGAACUGGCGCAGCUCUCCGAUGGAAGGACAUUUGUGCACGAGCAGAAUGGUGAGUUGCAUGUUUCCUAUUCAGAGAGAUAACCAUUGAGAUGGCCUGCACGAACGGCUUGUACGCCGUCGUAGCUGAUGGCGUACACCCGAAGCAGCCCUGUUGAGUCCAGGGCUUGUGCAACGGUGGUGUCGAGGUGAGAGCGCUAUGGAGACCGCCAGUGCCCGAAGACCACGUCGCUUACGAAUAAUGCAAGGAGUUCCUGGAAUACUUGCAUUCGACGUUGUUCGAUGGCCCGUACAAGGAUAUGUGGAAAAAGUGGGAAUCGGUGGAACGGAGGCCACAAUCGUCUCAAUGUGGUGUUCGGAAGGGACUACCCCUUAGGACUCUGACAAAAAAAGUUGGAAAACAUCGAUUUCGAGGCAGAACGGUCAUUGCAGUGGAUAGGCAUCUCAACGAGGAAAAUCAUCUGCGGAAGAAGGACGAAAGAAGACACAACAUUGAACACAGCAUGAAAAUGUUCGGAGAACGGUAUCUCAGAGGAGUCACGAGAGCCGAAAUAGAAGAAUAUUGUAAAUAUAUUUCGAGAUAUGUAUCCCGAAAAACUAUUUAA